GGUGAGUGCGGGUACACCACUGUGGCGCAUAAAAACACGCACUCGUAGACGGCGCAACACUGAGCGCCAAACAAACCAGAAGGCAAUGUGGUGGUGGAGCGUAUUGCUGCUGCUGUUGGAGCAAAUGUUAGUAGCGUGGCUUGUAUCGAUGGUGGGGCUGCAUACGAUUGUGGAGGGUGGUAGUUCACCGGUUACCACCACCACCACCACUACUAGCGUGCAACUUGCACGCGCACAGCUAGUCACCGCUCGACGUAUGCAACCGUUCUGGACCAGUACCGGAUUAUGUCCGCCCGAGCCACGAAACGCAACCGGCGCGUUCCUGGUGUCGAAAGAUUCGUUCAUGAACUUGGAGCUGAUUGGUUCGCUGCCGAACCGGGGCCUAAGCCAUGUGCGGAUACAUUGGCUGCUUGAGCUUCUUGAAGUUGUCCGCGAACGGGAACAGUUUUAUUUUAACUUUACCAGACUAGACGCCAUCCUGGACCAUCUUCGUCUCGUUGGGCUGCAUCCGGGGUUCGAGCUGAUGGGUGUACCGAAAGAAAGCGAUCCUCCAGCAGUGGCGCUGGUGUCGCGAUCUUAUCCGCCGAGCUUUUGGACGGACAUGGUUCAGCAGCUGGUGGGAAGAUAUGCAGCCCGGUACGGUGUGCAGUAUGUAAGCAGGUGGCGAUUCGAAACGUGGAACGAGCCCGACUUACGGAGCUACAAUUUGUUAAACUUCACCGUGAACGAUUACCUUUCCUACGUCUAUGCCAUCCGGGAUGGUUUGCGCGCAGCGGCUCAAAGGUAUGGAAUGGUAGCCCCAAAGAGGAAAUUGUUCCCACUGUACGGGCCAGCGGGCCUGUUCAAAUCGGUCCAACAUCAUCCGUUUUGUUGGUCCGCGGUAAAGGCUUGCAGUGCGAACAUUACGCACGGCUGCCCGUUCGACACGAUCACGUUUCAUCGGAAGGGUAGCGGCCGGUGGGCCUCGGAAGUGCUGGACGGUGGACGUGAGCUGCUGGAGGAUGUGCUGAACCGUUUUCCGCCCGUCGGACGUCUUAAGUUUGCCAACGACGAAGCCGAUCCCGUAGCCGGAUGGUCUAGUGGUCGCCCGUUCCAGGCGGAUGUACGGUACGCGGCGAUGCUGUUCUCCAUCGUCACCCAGCACUGGUCAGCAAUCGCAACGCAGGCCAACGAACUGGGACGACGGUUGCACUUUCUGUCGCACGAUAAUGCGUUUCUCAGCUACUAUCCGUACGUUUUCGAGCAGCGUACGCUCUUUGCACGGUUCCAGAUGAAUCUUACCAAGCCGCCGCACGUACAGUUCAUCGCCAAGCCAGUGUUUUCCGUGCUCGGACUGCUGGCAAACUUAGCGCCAGUCGCUACGGCCACACAGUUUUUGCCCGGAAACAUCUCGUACGUCCUGUCGGUGGAUGAAGGCUCGCAGUAUGUGUGUCUGGUGGCAUCACGCUCAAAUGAUAGUUCCCCGCUGUGGGAAAAACGAUCGUACCUUAACAUAACCAUCCCGGUCGAUAUGGUUCGGGGUGCGCGUGCUCACCCGGCCAUGGUUCAUCGGGUAAGCUGCCUUGUGGAAGGGAUCCAGGAUGGACGCAACGAUCCGUUUCGAUUGUGGCAGCUGCAAGGCAGGCCAGCGUAUCCGACGACUGACCAGCUGGCUGCAAUGCGCGAAAUGCAGCUUCCGAGCGUGUUGCACGCCGAAACUCGUCGGACGGUACAGUUUGGAACGUUGUCGAAAGGUAUAGACAUUUCUCUAAGCUUGCGCGGCCCUUGGAUUGUCAGCGUGAGAUUGUGCAGCGCCGAUUACGCCCCUCCUGGCCGGGUGCACAACGUGCGCGUUAGAACCGUGUUUCGCAACGAGAUUAUAGUUCAUUGGCAUAUCUCAAUCGGGAACAAGCAACAAAAUCGGUGUAUUCAAACGUAUGAAGUGUGGUUCAAAGCUACAAAGCUAGAACGAGUGGCGGGGAACGGGCGCAAGGAAACCGGUACACCGCAGGGCAGAUGGCGUCACAUCAAUGCUGCCAAGCAUACACCCUUCAUGUUUUAUCAAUACGCGCGCAACAUCCGUUCGCCUGCAGCAGGUACGCAAGCUGCCUGUAAAGAAGUAUGCUCUGACUUGACUGGAUAUUAUAAGGUGCGAGCUGUAGAUUUGUUCGGUAGGAAAGGACCAUUUUCAAGAGCAGUUUACUAUGAGGCAAACGAGCUAUAAUAGUUAGAGUAGAUCCGGGUCGCGUUGACCAUUCUGCAAUGCUCUUACAAGCCAUAUUUGAUUAGGGUGACAACAUUUCUCCUGUAUCGAAGCCUACAAAAUCUACCAUUUGCAUUACUUUUUGAAUUUCUUCUACCUAAGCGGGUGAUUAUGGGACAAGAUCUGGUGCAACAACUAUUAACUCUUGGUAGUAUCAGCAGUAUCUUCCACGAUGGUGUACUCGAGUACUUUGAUGGUUCUCUUAUUGCAAAGGAACUCUUCUUAUUCGAUCUCUACUUGCCGAUCAUACAUUUCCAUACCGAAUGCCUUCGCUCAUUGUUCGAAGGUCUGCAAUUACCUACAGUUGUGAAACUGUAAUCCGUAGCUUGGUCUCCGGACUCGUGAACACAAGUGCAAACAAAACUGCCUGCAGUGGUAGUGAACAGAUAAAGAUGUUCCAUCUCCGGAGUGGUAAGGUGUUGAGCGCUCCAGAAUGCGGAGAGUGUACCGGUCAGCGGACUGGUGAUAGCUAGGACGUUCGGACCAAUGUGAGUACAGGCCACACACACCAUUCCCACAGCCCUUUCCAUCGCGUCCAUUAACAUGUAUAAGUCCGCUUGCAUAUGGGCACCAGCGCAAUUUGGUUUGACUUGAGACAAGAGAGCUGGUUGGAAAUGAUUAACACCAACUCCAUCCACGAUCGGAUAGGAAAGACGUGUUAAAUGCGGCAAAGCGUCCAGUUGAGGAGAGGUAAUUCCCAAUGGCGCUAACGUUUGCACCAAGCUUCUUCUAGCUUACGAAUUGUGUCGUAAGUAAGGUCAAUCUGCAAGGAAUCCUGCGACUGUCGUCUGUCGAUAGCGUCCAGGGAAGAACGAGUGUGUCGAACUAUUUUUGACCUUUGACAAUUGAUGCACGCUUUGGUUCAUCCAGUUUCAUUCAUCUUCAUUCAUGGAUGGCCAGAAAAAAUCGUGAGGAAAGUCAUUUUUUGAUGCUCUUAUUCCGUGAUGUGAUAGUUAAUGGAUAUUAUCGAAUGUGGUUUUUCUUAAACUUUCAGGGACAAAUAUUUAUUAACUCAGUUUGUUCCAUUAUCACUAAAGAAUUCCACUGUCUUUCUGAUUCCAGUUAUUUCUUUUGUUAGCUUUAUGAAUGUUUUCCAUUUUGACGAUAUGUUAGCACAUUUAGAAAAUUUGUGCUCUAAUGUUUCUACCUCGUUGCAAUGGGAACAUUUUUCCGUGUUGGAUAAAUUCAUUUUAUGGAGAAUUUCAU